CAGCUCCCCUGCUCCCGCGCCAGCCCGAAUUGCAUAAGUCAGAGCUCCCCAAGCUGGUAGGGGCCAGCCUCUUUGCCAGCAACCCCAUGUAGCCUCUGGAGGGUAGCUGGAGCGUCAGGGAAGUGAGCAACGUGCCAUGGACUGAAGUUUAUUGCUAAGACUGUGCUUUCUGUCUGCAUCCAGUAAGCAGAGACCUGGAACCAUGCAUGGCUUAUCCUUUACGAGCCUCCUUUGUUAUUCCAACCUUCAUCUCCCCCAGCUGCCCCCACCCUGCACUGAACACCUACACCUCUCCUGCCUCUACCUCCUAUGCUGCAUGCACGGAAUGAUCCAGAUGAAUCUGUUUCUUGCUGUGUAAUGCCCUGCCCCCACCUCCUGCCCCAGCCCUGGCAGAGAGCUCUCCUCUCCGCAAGGGUGAGAGGAGCAUGUGCCAGCCUUGAGCUUGUUGCCCUCCUACCCUGGGUGUGCCCUGCUUCGCCCCUGGGCCCUCUCCAGACAAGGACUCACUCAAAGGUGCUGGCAUAGCUCUCCCCAACAACCCCUUCCUGGAUGCUACCAGCAUGGAAAUCAGGGAGACGGGAUCUGCAGACAACUUUUCCUAGCCCACCAUCCCAGACAGUGCAAGAGCAACAUGGACGCAACUUCUCUUGUCCUGUUCACUCCCCACCAGCUCUUUUCCUUCCUGCUUUUCCCUUGGUCACUGGGAAGCACCCGAUCAGGCAGCAGCAAUUAAGCUGAGGGUACCUUCCCUGUCCUCCUUCCUCUGUCUGGAUGGUGCCCCCCUCCCUUCUCAGCGUCUCUCCUCUCAGAGAAGCCUGUGGUUUUCCUCUGUACCUGUUGGGGAGGCCCUCAGCUACCAUUCAGGCCAGUGGGAAGAAAGAAAAAAAUUUUGCUAAGUUUAAUUCCAGUUUACCAUCAGAAAGCAGCAAAUAGGUGUCUUGCUGAAAGCCUGCUAUGCUCAGGCCCAGAGGGUUGUCCAGCCUUUUCCUGGGGACUCAGCUGGCCAUCAGGUUGAAGGAAGUUGUCCAGAGCCAAGCAGUCCUAGGGGCAGCCCUAGAAUGGGAGUCUCAUGGGGUGUAGUGGGAGGGAAGCUACAAAAAGUGACCUGGGAUGUGCUGCCAUGCAGGCUGAUGGCCAUGGGGGCCCACGUGUCAGAGCAGAUUCUGGUUUGGCCUCCUGGAUGGGCUGAAUUGGGGCCCCUAUGGUGGACUGAGCCAGGAGCAAAGGUUCUGGGCAUUGGAGUUUCUUUGGAAUCUUCCGUGGACACACUCUUCUAAGGCCACCAUUAGGUGAAUGGCCCAACCGCCAGCCGCUAGCAUCCUGCAUCUCUGCCACAGAAGCUCGGGACCUGCUGGUGUUAAAUAGAGAUGCUCUGUACAGGCCACGAUGGGAGCUUGAGGGUAACUUUCUAUGUAACUGCUGGUGCUACAGCUCAGGACAGUUACUGACUGCCAUUUCAUCUUUUAAAAACUGCUCUGCAUCUUCAGUGCCAGCUCCAGUCCAAGGUCAUCCUGGAAGUGGUAACUACUGGACCAGCUUCUGGCUGCCUGAGAAGGGAGUCUCAUGACCGAUUCUUCUCUCUCUCGCUCCACCUCCUGCCCUGCUUCACUUCUCAGCCCUUGGCUUCCCCCAGCACUGCACUUGCACACUCACCAUCGCCAAGCAGUCCCAGAAGCCUUGGUUGAACAUUCAUGCUCACCGGGCUAGCUAGAGAAAGGCUGGUUAGCCUCCCGGGCCCAAGCUGCCCACAGACUGGUCAAAGAGAGGAGGGAAGCACAGGAGACAGUCAGCUAGUGGUCUAAGGGAGGGAGCAAUGCCUUAACCAUGGGAGGCAGUCUGUCCUGUGGUUACUAGGAAAUGCUUCAUGGAGAAAAAAACACCUCCUCCAUUGCCCACCCUUACAUGCAGAUUUCUUUCCUCAGAGCAUUGUCUCAGACCUGUGUCUCCUCCUACUCUACACCCUCUCCCCUUGUGGUCAAGACCACACCCAGAGACCACCUCCAGAAGCUUGGCCUCCAAAUCUCUACCUCCAGCUCAAACUAACAUAGUGGAUUGCUCCAUCUCCAUCUGAAUAGUACACAGGGGUUUCACACUCAGCCGAGCACAUCUUCUUGUUCCACCCUCUGCCCCUGCAGAGAAGCUCCCCUUUCUCUUUUCCAUUUUCACUUGCUGACACCAUCAUCUCUCCAGGAACCCAAACUAGACACCUGGGAGUCAGCUCCUCUUGCUGCCUCAUCUCAUACUUACACUCAUCCACCCACCCAUCCAUCCAUCCAUUCAACAAGUCUUUACUGUCGAGUCUUCUCUGAGACCUGGAAACCCCUCCUCUUAUCACACUGUCAGUGUCUGAGUCCAGGCCUUUAUUAUCUCUGGCCCAUUCCAGAACUAGGCUCCCUGCCUCCACAUUUGCCCUUCUCCCGGCCAUGCCUAGCAAAGUCCCCAGAAUGAUCUGCCCUGCACUCCCUUGCUAUGAACCCAAAGCUUGCUAAUUUCAGGAGGGGAGGUCAGGAUUGCUCCCAGCAUGUACCCAGUGCAUCCCAGGUGGCCCAGGAGAUCAUUUGCAGGUGGUAUAGACAAAACUUUUUUUGCCUUUCAGAGUUCUGGGCAUAUUUUAAUGUGCACUAGGAAAAAUACAACUAGUAAAUCCAACCCACAGUUACUCAUAUAUUUUUAAUUAGGGCAAGAUUAAGCAUUUUUAGAGUAAAUCUCUUUUAAUAAAAUGGCCAAGUAAGUAAAUAGUAGUAUAGGUGGUGCAUGAAAAAAGUUGAGAAUGCAAAACAGUAUUGCCUGAGGUUUGGGAAGCACCAGUUUCUAGGAUAAAAUAUAUGUUCCUUAGCACAACUUAGAGACCUUCCAUGAUUAGACCCUGCCUACCUCUCUGGCCUUACCUCCUUUCACUUCCAGUUGAACUUGAUGAUUCACCCAUCUUGAAUCACUUGUGGUUUACCAAAUACACCAUGCCCAUUCAACAUGUCCAUGCUUUUACAAGUGCACUUUGCUCUGCCUGGAUCCCUGCCUCUAACCACCUAUCUUCUCUUGGCAAUUUCCUAGCCAUCCUUCGAAACCCUGAUUAGGUGUCACCUCUUCUUUAAAACCUUACCUGACCAAUCUCCUUCCUCCAUACAGAAUUAAUUAACGGAGUUCAUCCUUCAUUCCUCUGUACUGAUUUGGGAACUUGUACAUAAUUUUAUCAUUGCUGGCAUUGUCUUUUUUCCAAUGUGCUUUUCUUCUGUCUUUUUAAAAGUAAGGCCUUUUAUUUUUAAGAUCAGUUUUAGAUUCACAGAAAAUUAAAGAGACGGUAUAGAGAUUUCUCAUAUACCUCCUACCCCCACACAUGCAUAGUUUCCCCCAUGGUCUACAUCCCCACCAGAGUGGUACAUUUGUUAUAAUUGAUGAGCCUACAUCGACACAUCAUAAUAACCCAAAGUCCAUAGUUUACAUUAUGGUUCACUCUCGGUGUUGUGCAUUCUAUGGGUUUGGGCAAAGGUAUAGUGACAUAUAUCUAUAAUUACGGUAUCAUACAGAAUGUUUUCACUGCCCUAAAAGUCCUCUCUGCUUCACCUCCAUCUCCCCUCCACCACCACCAAUCCCUCUAGCAACCACUGAUCAUUAUAAUAUUAACAUAGUUUUGCCUUUUACAGAAUAUCAUAUAGCUGGAAUCAUACAGUAUGUAGCCUUUUCAGAUGGUUUCCUUCCAGCAUUGUCAUUUUUAUGGUUGCUGUUACAUGCUUAUAUGCCCUACUAAAAUGUGAGCUUUUCUAAGAUAAGGCCUAAAAUUGAGCUUCCCUGGUAGCUCAGCUGGUAAAGAAUCUGCCUGCAAUGCAGGAGACCUGGGUUGGGAAGAUCCCCUGGAGGAGGGCAUGGCAACCCUUUCCAGUAUUCUUGUCUGGAGAAUCCCCAUGGACAGAUAAGCCUGGUGGGCUACAGUCCAUGCUGCCUCAAAGAGUUGGACAUGACUGAACAACUAAGCUCAGCAUAGCAAAAAUCUUAUUUACCAGAGGUUGGAGGAAAACUGUUAACCAGGUCUUGAAAGGCUUGGGUUCUGAUCUCUCUUGGCUAUGAACGAGCAGUGUGAUCUUAGGCAAGUAAUUCACCUCUGCUACUCCCAUCCUUCAGCUAUAAAGCUGUAAAUCGUUAAGGGGGAUUCUUAUCACACACACCUCUCCCCAAAACUGCCAAGGGAGCUUGGGAAGAUAUGAUAUGAGAUGCUAGGAGAGCUUUUAAAAAGUUGAGAUUGCUUUUCAAAUGAAACAAGUAAUUGUAGUUGUAGAUAGAAGAAUAGCAUGGGUCUUGCCCUGAGAAUGGAACCGGAAGUGAGCUUUGUAUGUUUGGGGGACCAUGGGGAGCAGCCAGUGCCGUUGCAAAGCAAAUGGAAGUGGAGGGUGGGGGCAGGGUAGUCACAGCAUGUGGAAACCCACCAUGACCUUAGAGCGUAGGUUGCUUUGACUCUGAAAAGACUUGUCUACCAGGCUCGUGAGUUGGAAUUGACCUCUCAUCAACUUUCACACCCCCUUUCACUUCUUGAGUGAGUGUAACCAUGUUGCCCUAUGAAUAUCUAUGGACUUUAGGGGAGAUACAUGCUAGCGCCACCCUAACUACACAGCAUUUACAUAGCUGUGCACAUAUGAACCAUCUAUAUGAACAAGUAUCCCACAGAGAAGAGACAGGGAACAAAUAUCACACAUGUACUGUAUGCCAGCACAUUUUUUAUUGACGUAUAGCUGAUUUACAGCAUUGUAUUCAUUACUGCUGUACAGCAAAGUGAUUCUGUCUUACAUAUAUAUGCAUUCUUUUUUAAUGUUGUUUUCCAUUAUGGUUUAUCAUAGGAUAUUGAAUAUACUUCUCUGUGCUAUACAGUAGGAUCUUGUUGCUUAUCCAUUCUGUAUAUAAAUGCCAGCAUGUCUCAUUUACAACUUUGCUUAACUCUCAGAACAACCUCCAAGCAGGGACUGAUUUUUUUUCGGCGGGGGGGUUGUUUUUUGGAAAACGAUAGAGAAACAUUUUUUUUAUUUUGAUAAUUCUCACAUAUUGCAUUCAACUUCCCAUUAGUAUAGCUCCUAUUUGUUCUGUGAAACAGUUUUCAAAAAUGGUUCGCCUGAAGGUGAGAUGACAAGUCACAGUCUUGGACUUGAUCAAUCUCUCCUUGUAAAUGACCCACACCAAGUUUUACUGCUCCCUCCCCACCCCCAUCCCCACUUUCCUCCUCCAGGUAUCCCUCACCUUUUCCCCCAGAAUGCCUCUGACCUGUACCAGCUGGAGCUAGCCUCUGCUCAUGGGUAGUCUUGUCUCUGCUGGGCAGGCAGGGACUAUUGACGCCAUUUUACAGAGGAAAACACUGAGACUCAGGGGUGAGCUGCCUCAUGGUCCAAUAAAAAAGAAGUUGUAGAGGCAAGACUGGAAGCCAAGCCUGUUGGACUGUCAAAGCUUGUGCCUUCUGCACCAUGCCACGUGCUUUUCAGCAUCUUUGCAUCUGUGAUAGGAGUUAGUAACCCUGGAGACCGGGUGUGGUGAAGGGUGGAUUCUGCAGUUCUAUGCUGAUAAGGCUAGCAGAUCUCUAUAGCAACAAGGACUGCAAUUCCCAGCCUUGUAGAAGUCCCAUCAUAUAUCUGUCUAAUGACGUGUUUUGGUUGUUGGAAUAACUGAACUAAUUUGAAGCUCCAUGUUGGUUCCAGAAGCUAGAGCUGAUUCCUGAGCUAGUGAGAAGGUAGGGGAAUUCUUGAGUUUAAGCCCAAAUUGGGCAUUGAGAAGGGCUUCCAAUGUGGAGAUAACUGAUAUCAUACCAAUUUCCACCUCCCUUUCCACCUCACCUUGCUCAUUGUCAGGCAGCAAGGUGACCUGUGCUUCAAGAUGAAGAUGAGUCCACCAUUCUCUCCUCUGUACCUAAAAACAAUGGAGAAACGAUCUCAUUGCAUUUACCAGGCAUUUUUGUAGUUGACCUAACCCUUUCAUAGUCCACAAGCUUAUGGAAUCCUCAAAAUCUUUGAUUUCAGUUUGAUGGAUGCUGAAGUGGCAGAGACUUAUAAGGGGGUCAGUCAGCCUCUAUUCCCCUGGGAAAACUUCUUCCCAAAGGCAUAAUUCCUAAUCCAAUUUAAUGAGCCCAUUGGAAGGUAUGGAAGAAAUUGAAACUCUAGGCCACCAAACAAAAUAUUUCCUGGUACUCCUCACCUCCCACGAAUGAGAGACACGUUGAAGGUAUGGCAUGGGCCCUGGGCUUAAGGCCAAUGGUGAUACUCCCACAUUCCUUGGGCCAGAACUAGAAGAAAACAAAAAGUGGGUAUAAAAAAUUACAGUAACCCCCCAUUGUCAAAUAAUAGGAUAAUGGCUAAGUAAAUCUGAUGCAGCCUACCUCACUGAAGCACGGUGGAGUGCUAAAGAGCUAAUUAUGAAGACAGUUGAGCAACAUGGACAGUGCUUAUAGUAAAGCGCAAUGUAACAUGCAAACGGCAUGAUACAAAAUUUUAUCGAGGCUGAGCUUUACAAACCCUGUAAAAAAAAGCAUGUCUGCACAUGAGCGAGGAUUGGAAUGGUAUUUGUGGAAAAAGCAAAACUUAAUUUAUUGUGGGUGGCAGGCUUAUUGGUGAAUUUUUCUUUCUAGACUUCCAUUAACGUUGUUAUAAUGCUUGUGCAAAGAAAAAGAAAAACCAUUAACAUAUAGAACAAGCACCCUGGCAAAUCAUUCUGUCAAGCUGAGAGACCAAAUCAUAUCAUGUCCCUGAGCCAACAAACAGAGUUGAAAGACGUAAAUGCAAAAGUCUGCGCCUCUUUUUACAGAAAGAAGCAGCCACAGGGAACGGGGAAAUGUGUGGGUUUAGUGUGGGAAACCUCAGGUUUGAAUCCAAGCUCUGACCCUUACUUAGGGUCUUUAGCAGAAGUAAUUUCACUGCGGUAGCCUCAAUUUCUUCAUCUGCCACAAGAGGAUAAUCGUAAUCACCACCACCACUUUACAGGGCUGUGGUAAGGAACCAAUGGUGCAGGAUGUUCUAAAGGGCUUUUCGUGAGGUGUAAAAAUGCUGCACAGUGUAAGCCUUAUCAUGGUAGAGAUAGAAAGACUUGGAAACAAAAGUAAUAGGUAUUGUUUGUCCCUGUUCCACCUCAGUUGACAACAAAGCCAGGCUGGGCCUGUGCCGCUGGGUGGUUUCAGAUGUCUUCUCUGAUUAUAGAAUGCCAGUGAAAUGUGGUCAAGCAUGUGAAGCUUUCUGGUUUUAGCCAUAGUUGGGGAAUAUCUGGGGCAAUGUUAUAGGUUUUUCUCAUCUAAAAUGUUUAAAAUUCAUGGAGAGAUGAGAAUCAUGGAUGUACAACUUGGUGAAGACUUCCACAGCUCCUUGGGUUCUCAGCCAGACUUGGCCACCUACUAGCUGUAGGCCUUUGGGCAAGGGACCUAAGCUCUCAGAGUCUCUGUUGCCUCCUUUAUCUGGCAGGAUUCACAGUGUCUCCCUCAUAGGGUGGUUGUGAGGAUGAAAUAAGAUGCUGCGUGCAAAAGCCCUGGCACAUAAUAAGCAAGGAGAACAGGUGUGCUGCCGUCAUCACUGUCUGAAAUUGCCAGAGGAAGAGAGGUCUCUAGGGAUCACCCGAUUCCAAGCUUCUCAAUGGGUGCUGAGAGGGGUGUGGAGGGAGUCUUGUGGGAGCACAGUGUGUACAUAUUAUAAUAUUUGCAUGUCAAUGUUGAAAAGUCUUCUAUGGGAAAAGUAGACUUUUUGUGUAUCAUGGUGAGACCUGGUUAUUUUAACCCAGUAGACUCCCACAAACCUUGCAUUUUAUAGACCCACACAAGUGAGGUGAUGGGCCCACAGUCACCUAACUACAGAGAUGAGAUUAAUGUGGGCCACAGUCCAGCUGCUCUCUGCCCCUGCCCUCACCCCUACUGCUGUUACCACUGCCCACGAGAUGUCUUCAUGGCCUCUGGGAUUUCCUCAUCACCCUGGUGGAGACACCCUGUGCCACAUAGCCACAGCCAUAUGACCAAACUAAGAGAAGACAGACAAAGCCUUGACAUGGAGAAGAGGCAAGAAUGAUGCUUGAGAUGAUGAAGAAAGAUGCCCCUGCAAGGUGGUCCUGCAUGCUGACAGGUCAGCUCUGCAUCAUCCCCAGGUGGUACUUCCAAACAAUCUAGGCUGACAUGGCCUCCUAAGUGCCAUCUGCAUCCCUGUAGAGUAAAUGGUCUUUGGAGAAAGAUGAAACCUUCAUCUUUCUCAACAGCAGAUUUUCUAUUUAAAAAGUCAAUCUCCUAUCAAAUUCUCCAAGAGCACAGAUGGAGGGCUGUGGGAUCCCAGAAGUGAGAUGAGGCUCCCAGUUGCUCCCUGCCAUUCGAGUAGAGCAUGUUAUCCACGUCUGGUUUCUAGCAUUGGGGAGGGUAGCACAGAACCACCUCUGUGAAUUCCUUUUGUGGAAUUUGUAGACUUGGAGGUUGGUGGGGAGUGGGUGCAGUUUACUGAUUAGGCCCUUUAGGCUUGACUCAGAGAUGUUCCCACCUCCAGUGCCACACAGGAGAUAAAAGGCACAUACUAUGUCUUGCAUAGUGCUCCUCUGAAAUAGUCUCACCCACCUAGCAGCCUGGGACCUUACUCCUGCUUCUGAGAACCUAACUUCAGGGGCCUGACUCCUGGGAUUUCUGACUUGCUUUCAUUGCAGAACAUUGAUGCUUCCCCCAUCUCUUUUUCCAGACUCUUGAUUACCCCUGUCCCUGCACCGUGGAUGUCUUCCUGGACAUCUACUCCCACCUUUGGUUCUGUCACCAACUCCUUCCUCUUCUCUGGAUACUUCAGGGCCUGGCCUAGGGGACAGGAGCUGUCUGAUUAAGGUAAAGGGCAAAAGGGGGAAGGGUGAGAUCUCUUUUGGUGGCCACCCAAGCCAGAGUCCUGAUCCAGAGAGCCCAAGGUCACACCACUUGUUCUGAGGAUGAAGACAACCGCCAUGCCCAUCAUCUUCAGGCUUCCACCACCACCCCCCAAAAUGAAGUGUAUGUUGUAGAAACUGACACACACCAAUCAUUUCCCCACCCAGGGGCAAUUGUUUGCCUUGACUCCAGCCAGAAGAACACAAAAACCUGAGUUGGAAGACAAAAGGCAGAUAUCAGCUGAGACUCUAAUUGUGGAGUCUUCCCAUCCCAAACAAUGUGGCUUCAGUUAUGCGUGGUGGUGGCCCCCUAUCACAGCAACAGCAGCUAUAGCUCCAGCCUAGAGGAACCCAGGUGAGAAGAAGCUGCCAAGGGGGAUGACAGAUGCCAGCGUGAGCCAGGCAGGCCAGGGAUGAUAGCCGAUGGGAGACCAAGUUGACCAUCAAUGUUUUUGAAGGGAGGCCCUCCUGAGCCUUAGGGAGAGACAGUGGAAGACAUAGGCCAGCCCCAACAUUGCUUCUAUCGAACUAGGCAGCAUUCUGAGCACUUUGCAGAUAUUAACGCAUUUGAUCCACACAACAACCUGAUGGUGUAGGUACUUUUAUUAUCUUCUAAAGGGAUAUAUAGUUUAGAAACUGUCGAUUAUGUAACUAAUCUAUAGAUUAGAAACUGAGGAUCAGAGAGGGUAACUUGCACAAGGGCACACAGGUGAGACUGGGGUUCGAGUGCAGAUAGUAGGUAUCUCAAGUCUGUCUUCUUAACCACUCUGCUAAGCUGCCAACAUAGGAGAGCUAAGCCAGUCAGGCCAAUUUGCCUUCAACCCACUAGCUGGGCUAAGGCUAGACUUCAGUCUCUACUAAGAAUUGGCCAAUUUGCCUUCAACCCACUAGCUGGGCUAAGGCUAGACUUCAGUCUCUACUAAGAAUUAGUGUAAUGAUUCCCAACCUGAGGAGAUUUAGAACACCAUCAAUGCCUAGUCUCCACGCCUGAGAAAUUCUGGUUUAAUUGGUCUGAGAUGAAGUCCAGCACACAGGGGAUAUGGAGGAUAGGGUGAGCAGCAAUUUUGGUGAAAGCUCCUCAACUUAAAAACACACAGCACCUCUCCCAUCCUGACAAACAUCUAACUCCCAGCCAGAGCUCUGUCACUCCCUCCAGCUAUGGCUCUCUUUCCUCUCUAACCACAGCCAGACUUCCUGAGAGUUGUCCCCCCUCCCCUCCCAUUUCCCUCCUUAACCUGCUGCCGUCUGGCCUCUGCAAGCUGGCCUUGCCAAGGCUACUACCCCUCUUGAUACUGCCGCAGCACACAUUCACUGCUUGGUCCUCAGCCUACUUAAAUUCUGGAAUGCAAUUCCUGAUGUCAAUUGGUCCUUGCUCCUAGAAGCUAACCUUCUCCCAACCUCGGGGUCACAAACCCAUUGUCCUUGUCUGGAAAUUUCACAUCAGUCUUUUUAGAUGGCUUUUUGUCUCAAACCAUACAAAUAUUUCCUGGGGCCAGGGCCUCCAGAGACCCACAACCCUGCCCUUGAGGAGCUGAAAGUCAGCACAGAAGGGAUUCAGUAUCCUCGUCCUUGAGGUGACAAGGUGGUUCCUCAAGGGGAGCCGCCCAACUCCUUCCCUCAAGCUGCUUCCCUGUCUCUUUGUACUUCUGGCAAAAAUAGGAAAGAGAACAAAGCUCUGGCUAGGUCUUUUCACUCUGUGAGCGAGAACUCUCAAUACUUCUCUUCCAGUUAAAAGCCGGUUACUGGGACAGGGUGCAGGCCAAUGCCUGUGCUCUUUUUGCCAGAAGAGUCAUGGAGUCCCUCUGCAAUGAGCUUCUGGCAUGCACGGAUUGUUUCCUGGGCCCUUGUGUUUCUAAACACAGAGAAACAAAUUGAACAAAAAUGCAUUUUAAAUGUUUUAAAACCAGCGAUUCUCUCCUGUUUUGUGUCCUGGGAAAAUAGGCUUUGCUAGCAUUUGCAGUACUGAUUCUAGAAUGCUGGAAGGGUGGAGAUGGGAGAAGCAGUGAGGGAGACCAGCAGGGUUCUCCACCCGAUGCUAUGGAGAGAAAAGGUGGACUCUGAGUCGCAUAUUCUCUGGCUGUUGGGCCUUGGGAAAACCCCUUUCCCUCUCAGAGCUUCAGUUUCCUCCCCUGGUACUGGAACCCAUCAUCAUUAGCUCCUCUGUCUGUGGCAAGGAUGCUGGGAGAUGACCCCUACCUGCUGGAGGCACGAUACUCUGCUGGAGUAGGCACUCCCUAGGAGUUGUGGAAGCUGAACUGAAUUGUGUUCGGCCAUCAUGCACAGACUUGUUCUAGGCCAAGAGAGAAAGUGUGUGUGUGCAAGAGAGAUUUGCAAAAAACAAGGCCUAUCUCUCUGCACGUCUCUCCUCUGGAAAGGAAGGGGCCCGCACGGUGACAAUAGACCAGGGGCGCUGACUCAGACAGCCAGUUCCUGCUCAUUUCCCCUCGCCGCAGGACGGCCACCGAGCGGGAGGUCAGCCCUCCGUGGGGCUCUGAUUCAGGCCUUUGGCUGAGAACCUUUCUUAGAGAAAGACGAGACCAACUCACAAACAGGUCUCUCUGUGAGAGGACGGACUGGACCAGUGUGGCUGUGGGCAGGCAAGUGGGGGCAGUGGGGAGUGGAAAAAGAGAGAGAGGAAACUCACUCUUUGAAUCCUGCAUUGCUUUCCCUGGGCUGGGCGGCCUAGAAACAACUUUACGGGCAACAGAGCAUGUGACUGAAGGGGCCAAACUGACCCGGCCAGGGUGCUGGGAAACGGGGUUCAGGAGGAGUCUCUGGGUGCCCACGGAGGAGCCCAGGAAAGGGAUUCAGAACAGCGUGGAGCUCCUUGGCUCCCUGCCCCCAGUGUGGAGUUGCCGGAUGUGGAGUCUUAGUCGUCCACACCGCUAGGAUGGAGAGAGCCGAGGCUAUCACCCUCUUCUGGAGCCGGGGAGCUGCAGCUAACUCGGGUCGGGAAAAUGCGACAGCGACUGCCCACUCGAGGUCGUCAUGGCGACAGCCAGUGAACGUGUUCCUCUCCUCGGGCAGGCCCCCGAGUGUAGAGGAGCUGCUUCGCGAGGCGCAGCUCAAUCUCCAGAGCCUGUUGCAAGAAGAAUAUGAGGAACAGUACUCGGAGGCCAGACUUCUGGGGCAGACCUUCCGCUCUGCUGAUGAGGCCCCUGAGCCCACCCCCAGCCCAAGGCUCCAGUCUGCCAGGCGUCUGGAGUUUGUACUGAUGCCCACAAAAUGGCAGCUGAGCGAGGAUGAGACUACCAUGCAGGGUGUGAGGGCCCCUGAGGCCUCCCUGAGCCUGCCUACCACAGCCGACAAGCAAGCUGCCUGGAAUAGCCCCUUUCCUCUGCCCAUCCUAGAGGAGAAGCGGUGGCUUCAGUCUUGCCCCACACACUCUGACAUCGUGCCCAUCAACGUCUCCGGGCAGCAGUUUGAUAAACAUGCAAGUUUGCGACACUCGUUGUUUAACACAGAGACAGCCGUGAACCCCAAGUCCACCCUGAGGCGGAGGCGGACCAUUAUUGGAUUCUCUAACUAUUCCCAGCGAGACCAAGGUCACAGCAACAGCCCAGCAGGCAGUGUGGCCCACUCCACCACCUCAGACAUCAGGCCCAGCCAUUCAGUUCCAGAAAGUGUUCAUGGAAGAGUUGCACUUGGUCAGGAAGCUCGGUUCCCAAAUCUCACCUCACCAGUACUAAGAAAUCCUUCUAGUCAUCCGGAAGAACCUCCCCAGGCAUGGGGUGCCACAAAACCCCCUGGAAUGGAGAGCAUGGGGAUGGUGUACAGCAUUCCUGGUUCUUGCAAUGGACCAACAGAAUCGACAUUCUCUGCUUCCUGGAAGGGAGAUGCUUUUACCUAUGUGACUCCAAGUGCCACCGCUCAGAGCAGUCAAGUCAAUGAAAAUGGAAAAAAUCCUUCCUCUGGGAAUUCCUGGGUCUCUCUGCACACACUGCCACCUCUUGUUCCUAAGGAGGCUGCUACCCUCUUUGUCACUCGUGAUAUCCCAGCAGGGUGCAGUGGGCCUGCUGGCUACUCUCAGCAUCCUACUCAACGAAGCCAAGUAUCUGAGCGACCCUCCAAGAUUGGCCUUCUGACCGGUGGUACCUCAAGGCUGGAGACAGGCCCAGGUGGGGCCAGCAGGUUCCGGGAGCGGUCACUGUCUGUACCCACAGAUACAGGUACCAUGGAUGUGGACUAUGAGGAGGAGCAGAAGGCCAGUGAAGCCUGUGCCCUACCUUAUGCCAGUACGAGUUCUGAGGGCAGUAACAGUGCUGACAACAUUGCCUCCCUCAGUGCCCAACAGGAGGCCCAUCACAGAAGGCAGAGGUCCAAGAGCAUCUCACUCAAGAAGGCCAAGAAGAAGCCUUCCCCUCCGACUCGCAGUGUCUCACUGGUCAAAGAUGAACCAGUCCUCUUGCCGGAAGGUGGGUCAGUACUACCCAAGGACCAGAGGCCCAGGAGCCUUUGUCUCUCCUUGGAACACCAAGGACAUCACUCAUCCCACCCAGAUACUCAGGGUCACCCAGCUGUGCCAACCUUCAAAGACCCAGAAGGUACACAAUUCGCCCAUCACUGGUAUCUUACUGACUGGAAGUCUGGUGACACCUACCAGUCCUUGUCCAGCUCCAGCACCGCCACUGGCACCACAGUCAUUGAGUGCACCCAAGUUCAGGGCAGCUCAGAGUCUCUUGCCUCCCCUUCCACUUCCAGAGCCACGACGCCUUCCCAGCUUUCCAUCGAGGUGGAGGCCAGGGAGGUAUCCUCUCCAGGAAGGCCUACUGGGCUGAUGUCACCCUCCAGUGGAUACUCCAGCCAGUCAGAGACGCCAACACCCACUGUCUCCAUGUCCUUGACCCUGGGCCACUUGCCCCCUCCAAGCAGCAGUGUCCGGGUGCGUCCAGUGGUACCUGAGAGGAAGUCAUCACUACCCCCAACAUCACCAAUGGAAAAAAUGUCCAAGUCACGGCUAUCGUUUGACCUACCAUUGACCUCUUCAACCAACCUGGAUCUGUCUGGGAUGAGUAUCUCAAUCCGAAGCAAAAACAAGGUGAGCCAGCAUCACUCAGACACAAAUUUGGGGGCCAAGCUGGCCCAGAAAACUAGCCCCAACCAGCCAAUCAUGCCUAUGGUUACUCAGUCUGACUUACGUUCUGUUCGCCUGAGGUCAGUCAGCAAGUCUGAGCUGGAAGAUGACAUUGAGAGCCCUGACUAUGCUGAGGAAUCAGGAGCUGAAGUCUUCACCUUGCCAGAGAGGAAGAUGAAACCUCCCAUAGCCGAGAAGCCCCCUCUGGCCCGAAGGCCUGCAAGCUUAGUCCACAAGCCACCAUCUGUCCCCGAGGAGUACCCAUUAACUUCGCCUACCUUGGCUAUGACUCCCAAGAGCUCAAUUCAGCACAUAAGGCCACUCCCUCAAGAUAUCUACACAGUGGUGCGGAAAUCAAAGUCCUCCAGCUUCCCUGAGAGCAGAAGCCCAGGGGAGUCCACAGCACCCUCAUCUCUUGUUUUCACGCCUUUUGCCAGUUCCUCUGGUGCUUUCUUCUCAGGAACACAGCAACCUCCCCAGGGAAGUAUGGAGGAUGAGGGCCCUAAGGGGAGAGCCCUGCCUGAAAGAAUUAGCCUCCAGAGCCAAGAAGAAGCUGAGAAAAAGAAAGGCAAGAUUCCACCUCCUGUACCAAAAAAGCCCAGCGUGCUGUACCUGCCUCUCACUUCACCCACGGCUCAAGCGGAGGCCUAUGUGACUGAACCAAGACUGCCCCUCAGCCCCAUCAUCACCCUGGAGGAAGAGGCCAAGUGUCUCCCAACUGAUGAUCACCUGCCAUCUGCUGGUACAAGGAUGACCUCAAGGCCACAGUCCAACAGCGAAAGGGAAGCAAGUCCUCCAGGGAGUUUGAUGGAACCAAGCACCGAAGAAAAAAGUGUAAUCAGUGAUAAAACAGCCGAAUGGAUUGCAGAAGAUGAUGAUGAUGUGUUUGUGGCUUCACGUACAACUGAAGAUUUAUUUACUGUGAUCCACAGGUCCAAAAGAAAGCUGCUUGGCUGGAAGGAACCUGGUGAGACCUUUGCUGGCAGCAGCAGACCAAGCUCCCACUCACCAGUAAGGAACCCACCUGAGUCUCCGGUCAGUGAGUUGGCUGCCUCUGCAGGGUCAAGCGGCAGUGCCAACCUAGAUGCUGGCAGAAAUGAUGAUUUCAAGGCCUUGCUACAGAAGAAGGGAAGCAAGGCAACUCCAAGGUCCCGCCCCUCAGCAGCCGAACUGCUGAAGACCACUAACCCACUGGCUCGGCGAAUUAUUGCACAAUUUUCAAAAGACUACAAAACCCCUGAUAACCCCAGUACCUAAGCCCUGGGUUCAGCAAGCAAGGUUUAGUUACUAAACUUGAGUAGAGAAGGGGGAAGAGGAAAAGAAGGUUUUGAAAAAGAACAUAACAAAAAAGCCUGCAUUUCUUUGAUGUUAACUUACACUCUGGACAGCAGGAGAGAGGCCACAUCUAGAACUAAAUUUAUCAGGCACUUUAAUCAUCUUCAGACAUUUUACAUUUUCAUACUUAAAAUCUUGCCAUUACUGAGUACCGAUUUUCUCCUUAUUUCCCCCAGUGGUAUGCACUUAGAAGAAAUUCUCAGAUGCAAGGGCACAUGUGCCAUCUCUUUAAUCAAUCACCAAGCUGCUCCAUCCCUGGCUCCUGUCACUGAGGGGCACAGUGAGAGAGCAGUUUGAGGGCUGCCAAUCCCAGGGGAUAUAGGGUGCCAAUGCUCAUUAUUCACUUUCCCAUCAAGGCCCUGAUGACCUUGUAUGGAGAAACAGAAGGACUCUAAUGCCUCUUCAACCACAGUAUAACUCUCUCUCAUGAGAGGUUUGCAGGUGUGCGUUUAUUUCGGCAUGGGGUUGAUUGGAUGGCUUUUGUAGUACAAAAUAUGAAUGUGACUCUGUCCUGAACUUCAUGCCUUUUUCAGUUUGAUUGUCUACACGGAGAUCAGGGUGAUGAGUUUCAGUAAACAUAUAGACCUCCCCCUCCUCACUCCUCUGCUAGAAAAGGUCAGAACUGGGUUGCUUUGGAUGAAUCAAUCUCAGUCAACAAACAAGGCAGCCAUUUGUUCACUCACAUCUACCCAAGGUAACUCACACAUGCACUUUGAGAUCCUUCAAGUGUCUGCCACCAACGAUAGCUAGUGUCUGUGCCCAGCUCAUGCUGCAUUCGAAGAACUCUGGUUUCAUUUGCAUAUAGCAUUCAUUACAGGAAGUCAUUAGCUGAAGGAAGAGCAUCCUCAGAGGCUCAAGGAGGAGAGAAAGUAAGUGUAACUUGCCCACCACCAUUCAGUUCAGAUUGUGGUUUGUGGUUGAUUUGAUUUUGUUUGAAGGAGAUCUUCCUCUGUUCCCAAGAACAUACACACUAAAAGGAUAGAGCGAAAAUCUGAAAGGCAGCCUUGUAAGUUACUAUGGUCCAUAACCCCCUAAAAAGGGCUACUUUUUGCCAUUUAGGUUCUGCUGUUUGACCAAUUUUCAAUUAACCAUGCUAGGGGAGAAAGUAAGAACUUUGUUAAAUGGGAUGCUGACAGAGCACCAGAACAAUCAUUGUGACCCCUUCCCCCUACCCCCUGCCAAAGCUUAUAGACGUUAACUAUUCUUGUCAGUUCAAUUUUCUAAGAAAAGCAAGAGCCGUGAUUCAUUUGAUUUUCAUAUGUCUGGUUUCUGAGAGGUUGAGGGGGAAAACAGACAGCUUUGAACAAAGAAAACUAGCUGACCAAUAAUGGAAAAUUAAUUGUCCACCAUUCCCAAGAGGGAAAAAAGAAAGUCAAAUGAAAUUCACAAAGACAGUAUCCUGACCUCUUCCUCCUUCACCCCCCCCCCCCCACCCAACAGAUUCAUUGGUCAACCUCUUGGGGGAUGUGGAAACAUCCCCCCAGAAACAAGCAGAUCUUGAUUUUGAUAGGUCUCAAUAAGAAGCAAACCCUUUAGCCCAGCUGCCCACACAGCAGACAGAGCAGCUGGAAAACCAGACUAAGUGCUGAUGGGACUUGGGCCUCUCACAUAGAAGGCCUAGGCCUGGACCCUUGGUUGGUACAGUUUUGAAUUCUAGACUUCUGAGUGCAGACCAGGCCCAUCCACUCCCUUGCUGUCUACUAGUUGGUUCAAAGGCCCUGACCAGAUUUCAGAGGUUUUGCCUAAAGUAAAAUAAGAUUCAUUCCUAGCCUUAAUUUAUAUACAAAUACCACACUUGUCUGCCCUCGACUCAGAAUGUCAAAGGACAGAAACAUUUUCCUCUGUGGGGAAAUGGAGUGUUCGUUCUUUUGCCUAACAAAAGUGAAAGACUGCCAGGGCCCUGUACUCUUGAACCAUUAUGAGCUAUAAAACAGAGUAUGAGACUCACAUCGUAUAAGACUUGUUACUUCUGCUGACUUUUUGGAAGCUUCUUGUUUGCUACUUUUGUCUCUCCCCUCUGGUGGUUUUCCCCAAAGAUUCUAAAGCUGAAUACCCAGACAUCUUGACGUUUUUCAAUAACCCUAAGCCUUGCUUUCCUCUGCAAUAUUCUGCAUGCCUGCAUUUUUUAGAAAGUCUUAUACAUCUUCACUAUGGCCCUCCAAUACCCAGUGUUGUUCCUAUUAGCAGAAAAGGAUUCGGGGCAGAGAUGGUGUAGUCAGAGGUAACAAUGAAGGCUGGUAAUAAUCAUUUAAUAUUGCAGCAGGUGGACGUAGUCCUAAACAAACAACCAAACUAUAGCAUUUCUAUCAAUCUUUGAUGAACAUCAUACCAGACAGCUCUCCUAGUCCUAGCACUCAACGUUUUGCUUCCCCUUGUUUAUCAUAACACCAACUGUCUCCCAUCCAGGCACAAGCUGCAGUCUUUGCUGCCUUCUGCACCUACUCUGCCGAGACGGGAAGAGAGGCAGAAAGCCCCUUCCAGUAAGACUUUCAGAAAACCCACUGUUGCCACUAUUACUAGUGUGAAUAAAAAUAAUAAUUUUUGAAGGUGGAAUACAGAAGGGAUUCAGAUGAAAUGAAGUUAGCCCCAGGAAAUCAACUUCCAAUUCAAGUUGUUUCUGUCCCUUUGUUUCCUCUGAUUCCAACUAAUAGCAGCAGGGUUCUCUGCUGGACUGACUUCUGUCUAGUCAGGAGUAGAGGGAGUCAUCCCCAGGGGAGGAGGUUAAUCGGUAGCUAAGAGCACUUUGCCCUUGGUGGGUAUUCAUUAUGUGUUUGUGGUUCAAAGGUUGAGUGUGGAGAGCAAGUCAUUCUCAGCACAACAGGAAUCUUUGCUGCUGUCUCUUGUCCUUUGCCUGCCUCAGUCUCUCACCUGGGCCUCCCACCUGGCCCCAACAUGUCCCUCAGUAGGCAUUCCUGUGAACUACAUCCCUGGCCAACAGCUCACCCUUUAAGGAGGCAAGAUCAUAGGAAGCAAAAAAGCUCAUGUUAGCUUACUGACCACAAAUCAACCAGUUGAUCUGGAAACAUUACCUUGAAUGUGCAAAGACAGAGGAGAGUCUGCAAGGCUCUUAUAACAGGAGUGUCACCAGACACCCAUUUUAAUUCUCCAGUGACACAGGUCAGAUUGUGAUCCCACAAGACCCAUCAGUCUGAGCAGAUCUGUCCAGGCACCUGCUCUCUUCCUCAUCAACAAACUGUUCCCUAAAAGGACAAGUUCAUAGUCAGUGCUCUGUUCUCCAGUGCAGCCUUCGAUUAUCACCAAGUAUGUAACACAAUGGCCAGCCUUCACUUUAAUAUGAUUUGCCAGGGCCAGGGCUAGAGUGGGGUGAGUGAGGCACCUGGGGUGCAAAAUUUAAGGAGGCACCCACUCUCAGGGCCAUGUAAGUGCCUUACCCUAAUCCCGGCCUUGCAAUUUGCACUCUGUAAAGAAAUAUCAAUUUAACUUCUUCCUAUGGACAUGUACGGUUCUUCUGAUUUGAGGGGGGAGGGUAACUCCCUAUCUGUUGUUGCACCAAAUGUUUCAUUGCCAUCAAUUUUUCCAUGGUUCUAAACCUUUGUAUGCCUAUACAUCAAAGACUCUUCAAUAUUAUCAGAAAACAUGGCUGAUUUCUAAGUAACCUGCUCCAAGUGGCAAGUUAGCACUCAUUUCAGUAGGAAUACUGACAGAGACAGCCCUUCAGCAAAAUAGUGAAUUAGUUGGAGGUCUGUCAUUGGCAUCCUUUGUCUCCUCUUUCUGCUCCAUUCCCCGCAGACCUUGCUUGGUACCAACUCUCCUGAAUGCCUCCUUGUUUGUCCUCUUCCUUGCUAAGGAAAGCAUGCUCUCAGGAAAGGAAUAAAUUCCUUUACUUUGAGAUUAUAAGGCUUAUUGAAACCUCUUUGGAGGGUCACUUGCAUUUUAACAGGGAAAAAGCCUUAAGCCAAAGGAAUGAUGUUCUACUUGUAGAAUUGUAGGCAUCUGUCAGUUACAGAAGUAUAUUUUUCACCAUGGAAAGGUCAAAUUCACUGAUAACUAAUUCCUAAAUAUAGAAAAUACCUUAAUCUCCUGGAACUAUCUGAGUAAAUUGCUGAUGGUCAAUUAAAUUCUCCUGAUUCUCAGUGCUGUUCAGUAUGGUUUCUACCAACGGAGUCUCAGAAAUGGCUACUCAAGACAUUUAGGAGGCCUAGAUAAUUCUUGUUGUACCUUAACAUUUUUACACAAAUGCAAUUAGUACUACUUAUCAUUUGAGUAAAAAACACAAGGACUUAAAGAGUUUGUGAAAAUGUGUCUUGUUUAUGAAAGGUGAAACUGUCCAAUAAGUGCCAGAUCAAUGUCAGCCAUCUGGUAUCAGUGGUGAUUAUUAAACUUCUUCAAGGUGCAACUUUACUGCACGCAGCCUCGGCCCCAACCCUUAUCUGUGUUUUGUGCUACCACUUCCUCUUGGUGUGAGAAUGAGACCAGAUCUAUUCCAGAGUACGGUCCUUCCAAAGCCUUUGUGUGUAUUUCAGCUAUAAGUGACUAAACUAUUACGGAUUUAAAAUGUUGAGAGAGUGAGAAAGAGAUGCAAAGAGCUAACUUUGUGAAAGGGCGGCAAAAAUGAUAAGGAUUUUAGCAAGGAUACGAAAUAAAUUUUUUAAUAAUCUGAAACAUUUUGUAGAGGAAUACAGUAGGAAAUGGUCAUAGGCACACAUUUGAGGCACUUUUAAUAAGUUUAGCAAAAAAAAUUUGCAUAAGUAAUGAGUUAUGUGAAAUAGGUAUCUACUUCUGUUCAGUAAAGCCCAAAAUCUAGCCCAGUGGUUCUCAAAGCAUGGUCCCAGGACCAGCAGCAGCAGUAUCCGAAUAGUGUGUGUCUGUGUGUGUGUGUGUGUUCUAGUGCUGUUACUUCUUCAAGCUCCUGAGUCACUAUAGCCACGACUCCAAAUGAUUCUAGCCUUUCCUAUCUUUUCUGCUGUCAUUACAUUAAGUGAUCAAUCUCCGGCCAUGUGACUUACGUUAUCAUGUUCGUCAGAUAAUAUGUUUAUUUGGUGUUAAGUAAUUAUCAUAUUGAAUCAACUACUCGCUCAACCUGCAGAAACUUUUGAUUUGACUUAGCCAGCACAUCUGGCCUGUUUUUGGUUUAAAAACAAUUUUUUAAUCCACAAAUAGGAAAAAUAAAAGGUGUUACAUUUGUUUGAUACUGCCGACCCUUAAAUGUCUAUCUUCCCUGUGGUGGCUAUUCUCUAGGGAGGUUCUUAUAGAAGUAGAUUUGAUUUUUAAGAUUUUGCAUAUUUGUGGAAUUUGAUAUCAACAAAUCUGCAAAAAAAAUCUGAACUGCAGCAACUAGUUAACUACUCUUUCUUUAUUCCUUAUGUGGUGUUGAGCUCUUUUUAAUGUCCAAUUUUACAAAAUGUUCUGCAUGCAAACGCAGCAUUGUGCUCAUUGUACAAGUCACCAGACACUCAUCUCCUCCAUAUGUAUGAUGGUGAAGAAAUAGCAACAUGUAUGUUCUUACCUCUCCUAAUCAAUUGUAAAUUACAAAUCUUUUCAUUAAUUUUUAAAUGAGAUAUAUUUACUCUGGCUAGUAGUUAAAAUUUAAUUCUUUUUAUUAUAUUUCAUUGCUACUUUUUUCUACUGACUCCAGAGCUUACUUUGGGGAUUAUUUCUUAUUUUUAGAUUGUUGUAUUGAUCUUAUUUCUAUAUUUAUCUGUAGUCAUGGAAUGUUAGUGCUGAAAGGGACCAACCUCUCCUCUUACAGAUGAGGAAACUGAGGCCCAGAAAGUUAAAUAACUUACGCAAAGUCAUGCAGUGGCAGGCCCAGCCUCAAUCCCAGUUCUCCUGCCUCUGGGCCCAGUGUUUUUUCAUCCAAGUCACUGCAUUUAUGGAAGACCCACAGCUGGCUUCUACUAUUAUGACACAUGAAUUUCCCAGGUAUGUCAGUGAAUAAUACAUAUGCUUUAAGGAAAAUGUUCGUGAAUCCAAAGACAAAUCUGAUUUUUAGUAUAGAAACAUUCAUUUCCCUCCAAAUUAAAUAUAUGUGCCCUACUCUUUACAGUGGAUGUUUUCUCUAAGAGUUAUUUGAAAAACUGAAUUUUUGUAGAUCAAAUUCCAUGUUUUAAGAGAUAAGCUUCUUACAGAAGGGCAUCUUCUUUUGAAAAAUGAAAAAUGCUCUUGUCCAUAUCCCUAAUGCCUCUAUUUUCUUCUUCAGUGUGAACUUUUGUAACUGGUAUUUAUUUAAAGUAGGGCAAACCAAUAUAGACUUUCCUAGAAUCUACUUUAUUCUUCCCUUAUUAAACUUUACAAGAUAGUUUCAGACUGUUAGAUGCUCAUGAGAUACUUACUUGUGUUCUAGAAACUUCUUGAUAUUUUAUCAAUCCCUGGGCUCAAACUCUAUCUCAAUUUUAUCAAACAUAACCGAAUUUUCUCAUCCGUACUGAGCUCUGCAUGCUGUUUGUUUUCCAGAACAUGCUUUGCCUAAUGUUCCUUAUUAUGACUCUCUCUUUAGCUAUUCUCAGGCUUCCUUCCAAAGCUCAUGUGUACCUCACUAGUGUGGUUUAGUGGAGUUGCAGGCAGUAUUCAUCAGAUGGAGUGGUGUUUUCAGUUAUCCCAUUGUUCCAGUCCUUCUCCUGAACCUGCUCUGGUUUCCCUUUUCAGGAAUACUCAGAGAUUGAUGGGAUUUUCCUCUUCAUCUAGACCAAGGCUUGACAGACUGUUACCAUAAAGGUCCAGAUAGUAACUCUUUCAGGCUUUGUGGGCAGGGAACAGAUGGUCUCUGUACCAUAGUCUUCUUCUUUGUUAGUGUUUGUUUGCUUGCUUUACAACACUUUAAAAAUGUAAAUACUAUUCUUAGCUCUUGGGCCAUACAAAGCUGCAGACUGAAAUUGGCCUGCCUGUCAUAGUUUCCUGACCCCUGGGUCGGACAUUUCUGUGACCCACGUGAUGACUGGGUUGUGUGCUGCGUGAUGUGCACACUGCCCUUCCAUUUACCACAAUGUCAGACUCACCCGCACAGAGGUGGGUGGAAAGGCGUUGCACAUGCCAACCAGUACUCUCUGACAGAUGCCCUUCAUAGACUCUCUUAGUCUGUCUCUGUCUCUGUCCCCCUCUCUCUCUCUGACUACCUCAGUGUAGAACCCUCAUUCUUUUCUCCAGAUCUCCUGUACUGGUUAUCUAAUGUGCCUCUGCUUCCUCGAGUGUGGGUUAAGCUGGCAGGAAAGAAUGGUUUUCUGAGUUUUCUUAUUUCGUUCAUUCCAAACUAUGAUCGGGGACCCCUGGCCCUGGUCAUCAGUCCCACUGUGCCCAAUACUUCCCUCACAUGUUCAGGGCCAUCUCUGGAAAGUCUGGUGGCCCGGGUCAUGAGAUUCCAGUUCAGUCUACAGUUUCCUAGGGAAAUCACCAGCUCUCUUGGUUCUAAUGGCUGGUUUCAAAAUCUGAAAUGUCCAUGUGCCCAUUUUAAUGUGAUUUGGACUUGUUCUAGACUCAGCCCCAGCAAUGAAACCAGUGAGGUAUGGAAGGUGUUCUAUGUCCACAGUUUUCCCCUGCCUAAACCGCCUGCAUCCCUGACCCCCAGCCCCAGGAAUAGGCUCCUUGGGAUGCCCAAUGCAGCACCACAGCCAGCAGGCAUUCAGCACACUGCCACCUCCUGUUUUUUGAACCUCUAAAAGGAUUCGUUAAAGUUCCUCCACAUCUCUCUUCAUCUCACUCCUGUCUCUACCUCUCAUGCUGCUUGGGUGUGUAAAGCUCAGUUUCACAUUUUCACAUUUGCUCAUAUAAAUAUUGGAGGAUACCAGUGAAUAACAAGUUAUGUGCCUGUGUAUGAGAACAGCAUGGUUUCGCCACCUGGACUGUGAAGGUCCCAUUUGCUAGUGUAUCUUACACACACACACACACACACACACACACACACAUACACUGUCCAGUUCUCUCAUCAGUUCUCUGGUCCAGUUCCAGGUCUGAUGGGGCUGGCCAAGGAGUAGGGGAUAGUGGGGGCUCCUGAGACAUUUCCCUUUUCUUGUCUUUUGAAACCUCCUUUCCACUGGCUUAUGCUCACUUCUCCCAGGAAGCCAUUUGAAGAUACUCCUCUGGGGCAGUUUUGGACAGCCAACAUACAGAGAGCUAGGACUUUAAUCCUUUAUGAAUUCUGUCACUUAGACGUAUUUCUCAGGCUGCAGGAUUUUUUAAAUCUAAGAACUUUGUUUCUGGGGACCUUUAGUUUGCUUUCUGUCAUUUGAGCCCAGGGAUUUACCCACUUACUAAAAUCUACAUUUUUAAAAGACCAGAGACACUAGUAACUUUAGGAUUUCCCUAUUUAAAAGCAUUCAUGAAACAGUUCCUUUCUGCAUUUUGAUUAGGAUUUCCAGCCUUGAGGGAACCAGGCUUGUACCCUGGACUCUAAAGCAGCAAAAGUAGCACACUUGCCAAAAACAAAAUGAUGAAGGAGGAUUGGCUAGUCGUACUCUGCAGUCAGGAGGACUUUUGUUAAGUUAGUGCUUACCAUUCAGUGCUUACUGAGUGGGUGUGAUGCGCUCUAGAAAAAUAAGGAAGACAGGAACUUGCAGACCAAUAUCCUAAACUGAAAGACAGUGAUGAGGCAAUUCCCCCAGUGAUGAGAAUGUAUCCCUGGAUUGAAAUUUCAAGAAGCAACAUACACUAGGAGAAGAGUGUCAUCCCAGUCUUUUUGGAAUUACAACACAGAAUGGAAGGGAGCCCUCUGUGGGGUGAUAUUACAAAGGGUCUUAUUUGUCUUUCUUUCUUUUUCUUUUUUCCUUAAAAAAAAAAAAAAGCAUUCCUUACUGGCUUGCUACCAGCAAUUGAACUGUAUUCUUUAUAUAGCUAGAGCUGUUUGUGUCUUCUUAAAAUAAAUUUUUUCUGUUAAAAUAA